AUGUCGCUCAAGCGCUUGCUUAAUCCUGAGGAUGGAACUGGUGCUGACAAUGCACGGGCACAAAAUCGCUCCUUUUCGCAAGAAGGAAGGCUAGAUAGCGCUGAAAUCGAACCCUUCUAUUCUCCAAGUCCCUUUGAGAGGGAUACUCUUCUAGCAGGGCCUUCCUUUCAAGCCCAUCUUUAUGCAGACAGCCAUGUCUUGCCCAAUCUACCAGCCGAGACGACUCUUUCGAGCCAGGAAGACCUUUUCGUUGGCUUUGAUCAGAGCUGGUUUUCUCAAGCAGAACCUGAGUAUGUCAUGCCAAUCAGUUCCACGCCUGCUGUGAUUUCCAUCGAUUCGGUGGGGGGUCUUCAGGAGGGUCUUCAGGGGGUUUUCAAUGCAGGCGUUGAGGCCUCUGUCGCAGAAGAGCUGGUAUGUUAUGGAAUGUUUUACAAUGAGAAGGUCAAGCUUGUGGGACAGGGCGAAGAGCUACAGAAAAGGUUACAAGAUAUCAGGAAUGGCGGCUCGCACUUUCCCAGAAGCCAAACCCUCCGAGUCCAACCAUCAACUGAAUUACAGCUGUUCCUCAAAUUUGCCGAUAACGGGGAUUUGGGAUACCUCUGUGAGAAGAUGGAGCGCGGGUUGAAGGAUCUUGCCAUGGAACCUCUUAUUGAAUUCGAUGCUCUAGUGAAUUUACAAAUCCUCGGUGAUGCGAUCCGACGGGCUCAAAAGCAAUCCGAUGCUGCGAUCCGUGUAGAUGUGAAUAUUUACGGACCAGAAGCAUCUCGUGACAGAGUGGGAAAAUACCUCUCGGAUAAGGGCCUUUUUCUACAGCCUCCCAACGAGCGGCGUAGGGGAACGAGAUAUGAUAACCCACAUAUUUUACAAUUAGAUGAUUUGGGUGGAUCAGACACAGAGGAGGACAAUUCAGACAGCGAUGUUGCCUCUUCUGAUGCAUCUUCAGAACAAAACGAGGAUUUUCAAGAGACGAUUGCGGAAGUCUUCAACUCGUUGACCCGAUCAGAUGAUCUCCGUGGAGUCAGGGGAAGCGAAGGCUUGAAUAGAACUUUAUAUCCGCAUCAAGAAGAGGCUUUAUUUUUCAUGUUACAGCGAGAAACUGGAGAUAUACCGGACAAAUAUCGCCUUUGGCAGCCGGAAAUCAUCGAUGGAGCACAAAAGUACCGACACGUCAUCACCAAAGCUCAACAAGAUGAAUUGCCAGACGAAAGCGGAGGAGGUAUUCUUGCGGAUGAAAUGGGAAUGGGGAAAUCUCUGACUACCUUGGUGUUGAUCGAAAAGACGCUGAGUGACGCGCUUAAAUGGGCAGAAGAACGUAAGACUCAAUCAGAUGAUUUGAUGGCCAAACGACACUGUCGAGCAACUCUAGUCAUUGUCCCUUCUCAUGUCCUAAUCAAUAUGUGGACUAGAGAAGUAGAAGAGCACUUGGACGGCAGCUUACGAGUCUUCAAAUAUCACGGAAAGGAUCGAAAAAAGCAUCUGAGCGAAAUAGAGCACUAUGAUAUUGUUAUUACUACCUAUAACACACUUGCUAGAGAACAUGGCAUAAAGAACAACGGUGGUAGUCAAAGCCCUCUACAUGAAGUUGAGUGGUAUCGUGUGGUUCUAGAUGAAGCCCACAUGAUUCGUCGCCAGGCUACUACUUUCCAUCAUGCAGUGCGUGAUCUAUCCGCAAAAUCUCGUUGGUGUUUGUCCGGAACUCCAAUUCAGAAUAGUUUAAUCGAUCUCGGAGCACUGCUUGUUUUCAUACAAGCAAAACCAUUCCAUCACCUGGGAAUCUUCCGUUAUUGGAUUUCCAAUCCGUUCGAAGCGAGAUCAACCAGGCAUCGCGCUAUUGAGAGACUUGCUCUGCUACUCGAGGGAAUAUGCCUGAGACGCACAAUCGAGAGAGUAGCUCUCCCAGGUCGACGAGAGGAGACACAUGUAGUCGAGUUUACUCCGGCUGAACGCAAGCAUUACAAGGACACAAACAGGGCAAUGCAGCGUUUUAUUAUCCAAAAGGUUGGAGAAUACAACGAACAAAAAACGUUUGGCAUGUUCCAGAUAUUUCUCCAGCUCCGGAGUCUUUGUAAUCAUGGAACAUAUCAACGUCCCUUCUCAUGGACUAAAAAAAUUCUGUUUGACGAGGAGGCGGACCCUGUCUGUUCAAUCACGCGUGAUAGUCUGGCUCGUUGUGUCGGCUGCAGAGAGCCCUUGCCAUUAAUUUCUAGCGAGAGUAGGCCGGCAUACGCCGAAAAUUGCAAACAUGUUCUGUGUCAGGAGUGUUCCCCAGCGACAGAAGAUUCCUCAGAUCCCGGUAUACGACCUAAUUGUCCGAUAUGCAAGUCUCAAAGGGUCAUGCCAUUUUCCUUGAGCCGCAAUAACCACCCUCAAUCUCGUGAAUCAACGGACACAGAAAACGACGAUGAUGGCUACUUGCGGUCAAAUGGUUACUCGUCCAAGAUGACCAUGCUUGUAUCGGACGUACAGAAAGCCUUGAAUACUACUAAAAGUAUUAUAUUUUCUUGUUGGACAAGAACACUCGACCUCAUCGGAAAACAUUUGAGCAGCGCCAACAUAGAAUAUGCUCGUAUUGACGGCAAGACACCGCUGUCUCAGCGCCAAAAGAUUCUCGAUAGUUUUGAUCGCACUAGGAAUAUUCCUAUUCUGAUAAUGACUACGGGCACUGGAGCUCUUGGCUUGAACCUCAAAUCGGUAAACCGAGUCUUCAUCAUAGAGCCCCAAUGGAACCCUGCUGUUGAGAGCCAAGCCAUUGCACGCGCAAUCCGCCUCGGGCAAACAGAGCAGGUAUUAGUAAUUCGCUACCAUGUGAAGGGAAGCAUCGAGGAGAACAUGUGCGAGCAACAAACGCAAAAACUGAAGAUCAGCAAGAUGGAUUUCAGAAAGGACUUUUUGACCAUCCCGUCCAGUGUUUCCAACGCCGAUAGUGAAACUGUCUCCGGCCAAGCUACACCAGAAUCAUCAUCUGAUAUGACGACGUAA